AUGUUAAAUAUCGAUCGUCUUUUAGCGCGAGAUGAAAGUAAAUUUGGUUCUACUAUUAAAUUAUUUAUUCUCAAACAACUCGUUCAUAUGACAAAUAAUGUAACAUUGGCAGAGGUACGAGAAUUAUUUGCUCAUCGUAAUACCGUUUGGAUAAAACCAUUAAUAACACGUGUUGAAUCAAUGAGUAUAAAUCGUGAUCUUGUUCUACCACUACCUUUGUUUGAAGGGCAUGAUGAAUAUUUAUAUGUCAACAAAACUUUAAAUAAUUUCGGUAAAAUUGAUGAAAUUCAAAAUCUCAUAAAAAAAUGUCAAAACAAUCAACAAUUCACAUAUGGAUUUUAUUUAUGGUUUAUUCAAUAUUAUUGUCGUUUUAUUACACCAAACGAUCAAAUCGAUCAACAAUUCGUAAAAAUCUUUUCAGUUGAUUUCAAGCAAUUAUUAGUAGAUACUUUCGAACCAAUUGGAUUUAAUCUACUUAUAUCACUAUGUAGCAAUUUUACUGUUGGCUCCUACUUUCAUUUACAACCAAACAUGUUGAAAAAAGAAUUAUACAGCCGUUUAAUUGCUCUUAAUAUUGUCGUCCUUUGUUUAUCAACAAAAAACUGUAAAAAAAUAACAUAUUUAGGAACAUUACUAUUUGAUAAAAACCAACAUAUGCCAAAAAAUUACGUCAAUCAUAUACAAUCAAUAUGUUUAAUUGGUAUGAUAAGUAGUGAUCCAGUUAUAACACAAAUACAAAAUCGUUUUAAUAGGCGUUUGAUUCAUAACGAUGCAAUGUUCAUUUUUCGAUGUUCUCGAGAGUGUCAUUGGAUGUUUUAUUUUGAAAAUUGUGGAAUACCAAACGAUCGUCGACAAUGUCCACUUUGCCAAAAAGAUAUUGGUGCUUCUGGUUAUAAUCAAUUGAUUCAACGAAAUCCUCCACAAAUUCAGAUGAAUUUACAAGGCAUUAUUAAAUUACAACUUCAACUAAAACUUCGAAAAUCCAAAAAGUAA